CAGGCUAGGCAUCAAAAAGGCUCUGCAGAGUGAGCAGGCCACAGCAGCUGCCCGCCACUGCGCCCAGCAGUCUGUCAGACAACGCUUGCCGGUCCCUUCUGCCUGCCCCAGGCUGGGCACCUAAACAACACCCUGCUUCGAGAGGCCUUGUUCUCCAGCGUGAUUGCGCGGGCACUGCUCUGUGGCUUUUUCUGUUUGGCGUGGGUGGCUGCCGCAGUUCCAGAGGACAGCAGAGGCAUGGCUGGGAGCGGAGCCAGGAGCCAGAAGCGUACCUUCACCCCAGAGCCUUUUGAUGGAGCCAGUGUAGCUCCCCGCCUCUGGCUGCAUCGCCUUGAGGUCAUCAACGACCUCAACCAUUGGGACGAGGGCACCCAGCUAAGGUUCCUGAAAGAGUCCCUCAGAGGAGACGCCCUGGAGGUCUACAACGCACUCAAUGCCAAGGACCAGGGCAGCUACGGAGCUGUGAAAGACGCCCUGCUGAAGGCCUUCGGGGGGCCAGGGGCGGCCCACAGCCACAAGCCCAAGGAGAUUGUCUUUGCCAACAGCAUGGGUAAGGGCUACUACCUCAAGGGAAAGAUUGGCAAAGUGCCCGUGAGGUUCCUGGUGGACUCGGGGGCCCAGGUCUCCGUGGUCCACCCGAGCCUGUGGGAGGAGGUCACUGAUGGCGACUUGGACACCCUGCGGCCCUUUGAGAAUGUGGUAAAAGUGGCCAAUGGGGCAGAAAUGAAGAUCCUGGGCAUCUGGGAUACGGUGGUGUCGCUGGGCAAGCUGAAGCUCAAGGCCGAGUUCCUGGUGGCCAAUGCCAGCGCGGAGGAAGCCAUCAUUGGGACCGACGUGCUGCAGGACCACAACGCCGUCCUGGACUUCGAGCAUCGCACCUGCACCCUGAAAGGGAAGAAGUUCCGCCUUCUGCCUGUCGGAGGGUCCCUGGAAGAUGAGUUCGACCUGGAGCUCAUAGAGGAGGAGCCCUCGGAGGAGGGGCGGCAGCUCUCCGAGUGAAAAACCCCCAUUUCCUUACCCCCCAAACACUGGUGGGAGACCCACCACAGUGGAGGGCAAGGGCAGGUCCUCAGGGGGGCACUGGGCUUGCCCCCUCCUUCCCUCUUCCUCCUCCCUCGGCAGGGGUCUUAAUCUGCUCCUGGUGGGGGAGGCUUCCAUUUGAAAAGGCACAGGUGAGGGAGAGCAGGCUGGCUUUCUGAGAGGGAGAGAGGGUCCUCAUGGUUGUCAAGCUGCCGUCGCUGGCAAAGCCUCUAAGGCUGGAAGAAGGUUCCAAGACGGCUAAAAUGAUUGUCUUUGAGAGACGACUAGAGGAACCCUUUGAUCCCCUGAGACAUGGCUCAGUCACCUUCAGGUCUGUGUGGCCUGAAUCAGCUGGGCUGGGUGCCAGCUGUAGGGUCCUCAUGAGCCAGACCCAGCUCUCUUGGCUGAGGGUCACAGCUGCUCAGGGAUUCUUCCAUAGGUUCUUCCCACCUGCACGAUGUAUAUUUCCUUCUGUCAUUUGCUUUGAAACCCACGGAGCCUUGUGCCAAUAAUUCAUUACUUCCAAAACCAAUAAAGAUUGAGUCAUGGCAAAAC